UUUGUUUUUUUGUUGUUGUUUUUUUUUCUCGAAUUUAUAAAAGAAUCAAGGGAAAGGGUUUUGUGUUUUUUUUUUUUUUUUUCAUUUCCGGAGAGUUCUCAUCUCUGUCUCUCUUAGAGAAUGGGUUCUACCUCGCAAGAGAUACUGAGGAGCCUCUGCUCUAACACGGAGUGGAGAUAUGCUGUGUUCUGGAAACUUAACCACCGGUCUCGAAUGGUACUUACCUUGGAGGAUGCUUACUAUGACAAUCAUGGGCACAAUAACUCACCGGGAGUUCAGGGUUGCGGCGUUAUACCAAAGGACAUGCAUGGAGCACAUGACUCCCUGGGUUUAGCUGUGGCGAAGAUGGCUUAUCAUGUCUAUUCUCUAGGGGAAGGGAUUGUAGGACACGUUGCUCUUUCUGGAGGACACCAAUGGGUAUUUCCCGAAAAUUAUGGCAACUGCCACUCAGCAGCUGAGUUUCAUAAUGUUUGGGAGAGUCAAAUAUCUGCUGGAGUAAAGACCAUUCUUGUUGUAGCUGUUGGUCCCUGUGGUGUUGUGCAGCUAGGCUCUUUGCUUAAAGUUGAUGAAGAUGUGACAUUGGUGAAUCAUAUCCGACAUAUGUUUUUGGCACUGAAGGAUCCAAUGGCAGAUCAUGCAGCAAGUUUAAUGCAAUGUAAUAUGAACAAUUCGUUGUCUCUGCCAAAAAUACCUUCUGAAUGUUUACAUGUUGAGGCUAACCCUUAUUGCUCUGGAGAAGUUGGCAAAGCUAUGGAUGUGGAAGAGUUAACUCAAUAUAAACUGAGAAGAAGUGAUAGCAUGCCUUAUAAUACUCCUUCAUGUCUUCUCAUGGAGAAGGCAGCCCAAGUUGUGCAAGGAUCUUCUUGUGGGAGCUAUAGCAGUGUUACGUUUGGCUUCCCAAUUGAUUUAAUUGAUGCCAAACAUGAGAAUCAAGUACGUAGUGGAUGUAAAGAUCCAAGAGUAUUAGAUCCUAAUCUACAUCAGUAUAUGAAGAAUUAUGUGCUCAACAAUACAAGCUCAUCUGCUUUAGCAACUGAGGCUGAAAGAUUGAUAUCAGGCCAAUCAUACUUAGGCCUAGACUCAACUUUUUAUGAUUCAUCAAGAACAGGCAAAGAAAGUUCUUACCAAAACGAAGUGUUCCAACUAUCUGAGAACCAAGGAAACAGAUACAGAGAGGAGACUGAGCGUAUGCUGGAGGGGAAAUGCGAAGAUGCUUUGAUCUCAUCUGGGUAUCCAUUUGCUGGCAGCGAGCUGCUAGAGGCAUUAGGCUCUGGUUUCAAGCAAACGAGCAGGGGUGGUCCUGAGGAGCUAGUGAAGUCUGAACAUGGUUCAACAACAAGACCAACAGAUGAUACGAGUCAUAGCCAGCUUACAUUUGACCCUGGCCCUGGCCCUGAGAAUCUUCUAGAUGCUGUGGUUGCUAACGUGUGCCAUAGCGAUGGGAAUGCCAGGGAUGAUAUCUUGUCAAGCAGAUCGGUACACUCAUUGCUUACCAGCAUGGCAGAGCCUUCAGGUCAAAAGAUGCAUAAUCAGCUGCCACUAGCAGAGGUGUAUACCCAACAGAAUCCGUCAGAUAUCUGUGGAGCAUUUUCUUCGAUUGGGUUCUCAUCCACGUGUCCCAGCUCAUCUAGUGAUCAGUUUCAGACAUCACUGGAGAUGAUGCCCAAGAAGAUCAAAAAGAGGGCCAAGCCUGGAGAAAGCUCUCGGCCUCGACCAAGAGACAGGCAACUCAUUCAGGAUCGGAUCAAGGAACUUAGAGAACUUGUGCCUAAUGGAUCUAAGUGCAGUAUUGAUUCUUUGCUAGAACGCACGAUCAAGCACAUGCUCUUUUUGCAGAAUGUUACUAAGCAUGCUGACAAGCUCAGUAAAAGUGCUACUACAAAGAUGCAACAAAAGGAAACUGGCACGCAAGGUUCAACCUGCGCUGUGGAAGUUGGAGGCCAUCUUCAAGUGUGCUCGAUUAUCGUUGAAAAUCUGAACAAGCAGGGGAUGGUGCUCAUCGAGAUGUUAUGUGAAGAAUGUAGCCAUUUUCUCGAGAUAGCAAAUGUGAUCAGGAGCUUGGACCUCAUCAUACUAAGAGGCGUCACAGAGGCUCAGGGCGAGAAAACAUGGAUAUGCUUUGUAGUUGAGAGCCAAAACAACAAGGUAAUGCAGAGAAUGGACAUUUUGUGGUCUCUGGUGCAAAUCUUUCAGCCAAAGGCCAAUGGCAAGCACUAGCAGCAGCGUUGGUUGCAAGACUUUGCGUUUGGAGGAGGAAAACAGAACUUGCUGUGUGCUUGUACAGUGUUGUUGAUACUUGUUUUUGUUUGUUUGGGGUUUUAGGUAUAAUUUUUUUUUUACUUAGUGUGCAUGUUUGAGUUCUCGGUGUGUUUAUGAUUUGCUUGUUUGCUUUGGAGUUUGGACUCUUUAUAAAUACAGUAAAAUGUUUAUAAAUUAAAACCAGUUAAUUAUUUUCCAUACUAA